UUACCAAUCUCCCAUUAUUCUCUGUUAGUUUUCGGAACCCGGAAACGGCUGUUGAUUCUUGCCUUAGUCACUACAGCAUACAUCUGGUCUCUUACGUCACACGACUGGUGGCAAUGCCAUGUCAGAUAUUUAUUUCAUCUGCCAAGAGACGAAAAAAGCAGCGAUGGUGUUCUCUCCACACAUUUCCGAGUCUGUCGGUCACAACCACAGCAAUCACAGCUGACACUUGCCAAGGAUCCCAAUAACACUGAUUCCAGUAUCCAUAGAAAAGAAACCAGCUUGAUAUCUAAAGAUGCAAGCCUGUCUCUUGUUUAUCGAAACAAGUGGGUCGGUUUCCCUGAAAUUAUGGGAUAUAACUGCUCAGAAGCCUUAUUUUCAAAAACAAAGAAUAAUCAUUUUCCAAGGACUGUAGGAAGGAAAAGUAAUAAGCGAUUUGUCAAUGAUAGUCGGGACUGUGCAGAUUUCAGGCGGGACCAUGGGUUUACAAGAUAUCCUAGCGUGUCAGAUGAGGAAAGGAUCUUUCCAAUAGCUUUCAUUAUAUUAUUUCACAGUGAUCUCGACCAGGCUAUAUUUCUACUCAGAGCCAUUUACCGCCCACAUAACGUCUACUGCCUCAGCGUGGAUGUCUACUCUGGUGAUGAGAUCAUUCAAGCCUUGGAAAGAAUUGUGUAUGCCGGCUUUUCUAGACUGAUGGCAGACAUCGACUGCAUGAUGGAUCUACUGAAACGUCCGGAACCAUGGAAGUACGUUAUUAACAUGCCUGGGCAACAGUUUCCACUCAGAACAAACCUGGAGCUGGUCAGAAUUCUCAAACUGCUCAACGGCAGCAACAACGUUGAAACAUCAUCAAAAGAAAAAGUGGCAAGUGUGGCCAAUCGUCACCGCAACAAGUAUACAUACCGGAUAAAUAACACGACAGGUAAAUUGGAACCUGUAAAGACUAGUGAGAAAAACCAACCUCCGCCUCAUGGAAUCAAGUUAAUGAAAGGCAGCACAUACGCCGCCUUGUCCAGGGAGUUUGUUCAGUUUGCUGUUCAUCACCCAAUAGCUCACGAUUUUCUGGAGUGGAACAAGAAUGUGUUAAGCCCUGAUGAAUACUUCUGGUCGACGCUUCACGACACAAGAGUAGUCAAGGUUCCCGGAGGAGUCUCUG